AUCUUUAAUCGUGGAACUCUUUGGCAACUUUGUCUCUUUGGACUCUCGCUGCUUUGUAAAGAUUUAAUUGGUUUAACCCACGUGCUGAUCUGAACCAUAUUCUCCACCUGCUCCACUGAGGCGCCUUAUUCCGAGCACUCACUGCUAUUGUUGAAGAGGUGAUGUAAUUCACGGUGGACUUGAAGCGGACGAAGACGAGGAGAAAGACCGAAAUUACUGUGGUCCAGCGGCGCAUAGACUGACAGCUUUGUGUUCCACGAGGCCGCGCGGGAUGUAUUUGUAUCUUUGUUUACAUGCUCUCUAGGAAAACCUGCUGUCGUUCGAUACACCUACCGGGCCGAGACUGUAAACCCUACAGAAGUCAGCAGCACCGCCGCCUCCUCUCCAGCCCCACUGGUUGGCUCUCACUCACCGCAGCUCGUGUGACCCCCUCUGGACUGAAGAGAGAGAGAGAGAGCGGCUUGCGAUGACAGCUGAGGGAUGAGCACGGCCAGAUGACCGUGUCAAACACCGACGGUCCCGGGCAAGCAUUCAUUCUAACGCUGUGACACAGUCACGUACUGUUUAUUGCGGAGGAAUGGCCAUUUGAUCACUUGAUCACUUCAGAGUUGCAGUGAAUGGGCUGGAUUGCGUAAGACCGCGUGGUGAUUUCGGAGUUUCAGCUUCUUCGAGCGACUCUUCAAACAUGAAUAAUACGAAGAAUCAGCGAGACAGCGACAUCCAGAAGAAGAUUGACUAUGAGAUCCGGAUGCGUGAGGGUGCUUGUAAACUGCUGGCCGCAUGUUCUCAGAGGGACCAGGCGCUGGAGGCCUCCAAGAGUCUCCUCACCUGCAACGCCCGCAUCAUGGCCUACAUGUCAGAGCUGCAGCGCAUGAAGGAGGCACAAGUCAUGCAACGGGUCGCACGCAGGUCUUUUGAUGCAGGUCCAAUGGAUGACCGUUCUCCAUGUAAAGGCAAAGUAGCCAUUUCAGAUCUGCGGAUACCUCUAAUGUGGAAAGACACAGAGUAUUUUAAGAAUAAAGGAGAGCUGCAUCGGUGCGCUGUGUUCUGUCUGCUUCAGUUGGGUGGAGAGAUCUUUGACACAGACAUGGUGAUGGUGGACAGGACGCUGACAGAUAUCUGCUUUGACAACACAAUUGUCUUUAAUGAGGCCAGUCCAGGGUUCGAGCUGCGGGUGGAGCUGUAUAGCUGUUGUUCAGAGGAGGACUACUCAGCAGGCAGCACACCGCGGAAGCUGGCCAGCAAGCUGAGCUCAUCUCUGGGAAGGUCAGCAGGAAAGAAAAUGAGGGCGGCCUUGGAGCCCGGAGCCUGCAGCACCACUAGCAAUGGAGGGGGAGCGACAAUCCUGCUGCCCGUGCCCUCUGUACCGGGCCCCAAAUAUCAUCUUUUGGCUCACACAACCCUCAAUCUCUCUCACGUCCAGGAUAGCUUCCGCACACAUGACCUCACCAUCACAGGAAAUGAGGAGUGUUCGUACUGGCUGCCUCUGUAUGGUGGUGUAUGUUGUCGUCUGGCCGCUCAACCUCACUGUAUGACACAACAGAUGAUGAGUGGCUGUCUGAGGGUAAAGCUUGGAGGUGAGCCACAAGGAUGGACAAAUGUCUACGGUGUUUUAAAAGGAACAAAUCUCUUCUGUUAUCAUCAAAAAGAGGACAUGGAGGCCAAUGUGGAGCCGGUCUUGACUAUUGGGAUUAACAAAGAGACGAGAAUACGGGCCGCAGAGAAGGAUCCUCACAGCAAGGCACAGAAUAUCUGUAUCACUAACCAGUAUGGAGGAGAGGAGGUGACGCACACACUAGCUGCAGACAGCAGAGAAGACACACAGCGCUGGAUGGAGGCCUUCUGGCAGCAGUUCUAUGAUAUGAGCCAGUGGAGGCAGUGCUGUGAUGACCUGAUGAAGAUUGAGCUGCCUUCCCCACGCAAACCUGCCAUAGUCACACCGAAGCAGGGCUCCCUGUACCAUGAGAUGGUUAUUGACACGUCUGAUGACAUCGGAACGGUCACUGACAUCCUGGCCCAUCGUAUUGAAGAGUUUGAGCUAAGGGCCCAGCUUGGAUCUCCGCCUCACUGGAUGGCCUUGUUUGAUGAAGAUCCCCCGAGAUCCCCUCACACCCAUCAGCACCUGCCGCCCCACUCACCCAGUCCUCGCUUACACAGCCGCCAGCCCCGCAGCCCACGCUGCCACCGCACACCCGGCCUUCUCUCCUCCAACGCCAGCCUGACCUCAGACAGCGACAGUCCCGCCAGCAUCAGCCCCUGUUUCCGCCAGGCAUGGUCCCCUGAUGCCUCUUCCUCCUCGGGUCGCUUCCGCCCCCGUACCCUCUCCCUUGACGCCAAGCUCUCCACUCUGCGCGGUCGGGGCUACAGUGGCUUCCGGUGCAACUGCCAGCCUCCCACCGCCAGCUCUGUGUCUCCUCGCCCCGCUCAGACUGCUCUGUCCUGCUCCAGUUCCACUUCCAGCAGCACCUCCAGCGAGGGAAGCAACAGUCAAGAGUCAGAUCUGGGCUUCUCUAGACCGUCCAGCGCACGCCGCAGCUUGAGGAACCUGAGAGCUAAGCUAGACCCCAGGAACUGGCUGCAGAGUCAGGUGUAGCGGUCACACUUCCUCUGUUUACUGUCAGAGUCAUCACAACUUCCUGUGUCCCCCUGGAAAAAAACUGGAAUACCUGAGGUCAUGUAUGCUCAAUGUCUGUCAUUGUGUUCUCUUUACAUAAUAAGAUCAACAUGAAAAAUGAGAAACUUUUUCUUUGCCUCAGCAAUGGGAAUUCAGUACUAUUAGUUAUAAUACAGUAUAUAAUACACUACUAAUACAUAGCAUUACAUAUUGUCUCUUCAUAAAAAGCUGAUUAUUUUGGAUCUUUGGAGAGUGUAGAUGUUUUAUGUGAGACAGACUCCUGGUACAGUGGUUUUAAACUGGACUGAAGCAGUAAGUACUGUUUGGCCAGUCAUUGUGUCUGUGUGUGCUGUUUUAGAUAUAUGGUUUAGAAAGUCAGGAUCAUUCACGUGGAGGCUGGCAAAUACACUACCGUUCAAAAGUUUGGCGUCAGUUCGAUUUUUAAAGUCUCUUAUGCUCAAUUAAUUUGAUCAAAACUGCAGUAAUAUUGUGAAAUAUUAUUGUAAUUCAAAAUAACUGUUUUGAAUAUUAAAAUAUUUUCAAAUGUAAUUUAUUCCUGUAAUGGCAUAGCUGAAUUUUCAGCAUCAUUACAUAAUCAUUCUGAUUAUGUCUCUUUACUGCACUUUUUGAUCUAUUUAAUGCACCCUAGCUAAAUUAAAGUAUUAAUAUCUUAAAAUCUUAUUGAUCCCAAACAUUUGACCGCUAGUGUAUACGAGGAUCAGUAUUCUUGGAAACGUAGUAUUAAUAAACCUAACGUGUGAAAGUUAUCUUAACUUAAUGGAUUUCGCUUUAUUAGUAAGUGCCACUGCACCUUAAGCACACAAGCCUGCAAGAAGAAAGUCUUAUAAUAUCAGUUUAAACUCAGAAUAAAAAAAAAAAAAAAAAAAAAGUUGAUUAUGUGAUUAAGGACAUUGCCAAUAACUGACCUUCUGUCAAGGCGCUCUCUGUCACUUUUGUUGAUGUUGUGCUGAAUGGGUUUUUGGACAUAUACUGACAACUUGUGCUUUGGAUCCGGUAUCACACAAAAGCAACAUUUUUCAUUUACAGACAUUUGUGAUUGUAGUAAUGCUCUAUGUGCAGUCCGCUAUGGCUCCAUUUAAUCUUUGAUCUAAAGUGUCUAGUAAUAAAAGGGUUAUCGAGUUAAAGUGAGCAGUAUUUUCUGGUCCAGACACGCUCUAUGUAAAAUGAAACCGCUUUUAUUAUGCUAUUAAUGUGAUUCAUAUCUAACAGUAGAUGAUUUGAUACAUAUUUUUUAAAAGUACUAUAUGUUUCUUUUUGAGGAAAAUUGCAUCUUUCAAUAUCUGCUAUAAUGUCUGUUUGCAUGGCUCCAGUAUAUAUGCAAAGGUCCAGACGUCACAAGAGACUGUAUUUAGGUUUAUAAUGAUGGGAUAUAAUGUGACUCCGUUUACUACCUGUGCUGUGACUGUAACGACCUCAGGAUUACUGUACAUACCUUAUCUCACUCAGCAAAUGUGAACCCCUAUCAAAAAAACAGACUGCACAUUAACUAGGAUUUAACACAAUGGCUGGGAGCUGAACGAUUUGGGUGCUUUGUUUUGAGUCUCUACAUUAAAGGCCUGUCUGAUGGAGUAGGGUUGCAAAGGCACUACUAUGCAAAGCUACAACAGCUCUAAGUUAAUUGGGUUUUCUAGAUUUCAUUUACAUCAGCGGUACAUGCAAUAUUUUCAUAUUUUCCUUUUCCUUGUUGGCUUGCAGGUCAGUUUUGUCAAGCACUUUGAGUGUUUCAGUGUCAUAUGGCAUCUUCCAGGUGUGUAUUAAAUAUAUUAGCAAUCUUUACAAUAUUGAAACUCUAGUUGGAUAACUAUUAUUGUGAUCUGAGUAAAACCUCAGGAGUGAAGUUACAGGUUAACAUUUCUGUAAUUCAGAAAACACGUCUGCACAAUAUAUUAGGUAUCCAAACCUGUAUUGUAUUUUUUUUUCUUUUUCAUAUGAGGGUAAAAAAUGUUAAAAUGGAGACACAUGGUUUUCUUUAUAUAAUUACAUGUAUAGUGUAUUACAAAUAUCCAAAAAUUGAAAGUCUAGAAAUGUCAGCCUAACUUUUCCUCUUAAAUUAAGAAUUAGUAGAUAAAAGUUUUGUCCUAGUACUAUGAUGCUACAAAAUUAACAGUUCUUACUCGAAAGGCCACUGACUUGUUUUAAAAACCGUAAAUUCAUCAAACACUGUUUGUUAUUGUAAAGUUUUGUCAUUUUCAUUUUGUGCUUUUAUUAAAGUUGUAUUUUACCAUAUUAAUUUUUGUUAUAAAUAAAAUGAUAUUGACAUUUUAUCAGAUGAGUAAAGCUGAAACUAUCCUGGUAGAUAACAUUGAAUGUUAACCUGGAGGUUAGUGUCAUUUCAGCAGGUGGUCUGCAUGUCUUUGGACAUAUAACUAAUAGAUUCAUGUACAAUAACAAUUUAUUGUAAAGAAUUACCUAAAUUAAAAGUAAACAGCAUUUGUGUGUGUGUAUGUGUAAUUCUCUUGAUUCUUGCAGUGCUUGUGUCAAAUGACUAAAUGUUCAAGAUAAACUCAUUGUGACCCAGUAAAGUGAAUCCCUUUAAUUUGAUCUCAUGCAUUAAUACACAAGUAGUGAAUAUGGUUUCUUAAUGAUCGUGAUACUCAAAAUAGUAUGAAGGCAGUGUACUGGCUGUGCAACAAAUCAAAAACAUAAAAUCAUUAUUGCAGAAUGUGGAAAAAAAAAAUAAAACCUCAUUAUUUAUUACAAUAAGCAAUGACUAACAGAGAGCAUAGAGUAAGUUAAAUGUGUUGGUGAUUCUUCUUUUGUUCAAUCCCCACUAACACAGAAGAACAUUGUUAGUUUGAAAGAAAUGACCUAUUACUGAAAUCUGGUUACACAAGUUAAAUGGAUUAGACAGACCCUCUCUAGAAGGAACAAUAUCUAUAUUCAUGCUCAGAGAUAAAUAAAUUACAUAGAAAAAAAAAACGUUUAUUUGAAAGCAUUUACACAACAGUGAACAGUCUUACUGUACACUACCAUUAAAAAGUUUAGGGUCAGUAAGAUUUUUAUUUUUUGACGAAAAAUUAAUACUUUUAUUCAGCAAGGACAUAUAUUGAUGGAAAGCACAACUGUUUGAUUGAUAAACAUUGAUAAGAAAUAUUUAUUGAGCACCAAGUCAGCAUAUUUGAAUGAUUUCAGAAGGAUCUGUAUUUUAAUUUGGUUUCAUUUUUCAGCCUUGAUAACCAUUAGAGACUUCUUUUAAUAACGUUUUUUUUUUUUUAAAUCUUACUGAACCCAAACUUUCAAACAGUAGAAAGAUGGAAGAAUUUAAUUUUGAUGGAAGGUUCAGAGCAUUUAAAAACAUGUAAUGCCUGCCAAGUUCAGUCUUAAGGGCUUGUAAUAUAACCAUUUCAUUAGCAUUGGCUUCCCAUAAUGGCAAGGGCUUUGAAAUACCAAAACAAGUAUAAGAGAAGCACCUUUCUCGAAGGUUGGAAAAACAGGACCCAUUAGUUACAGUGCCUUGCAAAAGUAUUCAUACCCCCCUUUUUUUUCAGGUUUUAUG